ACCUCGUGGAAGUGUAGACCUUACCAACAUGGCGGAGACGGGUUUAAACUUCCUGUAUGACCGUGUGUUGUACUGGGUACGCCAGGGACGGAUUAUCCCCCCUGAAGCUCCCGGCACACGACCUUCUACUUUAAAAUCCACGAGCAAUGCCAGCACUGUUAAGGCGAAGUCGACAAAGAUACACAAGGAUGGUAAAGAAACCAAAGAAAAAGAUCCCAUGCCACCAGGAUCUUGGUUCAGGUAUCUUGACAAGAAAAAGGCCGCUGAGGCCAACUCUCGCAAAGCCAACCCGCCCCAGUUCGUUCAUGUCCUUGAAGGACAGAAAGUACAGUUGAAGGACACAUUGGACCCACAACGUUCCCAGCGACCCAUCAUACGGAGACCCAGACAGGAAAAUAACCUGAAGGUCAAGCGCGGGCGAAACAACACACUCAAGGAUAACCUGAGUCAACAUCACACGUCAUCUGACUCCGACUCCGGACUCAACAUCAGCUUUAGCACCUAUAAAGGUCACAGCGACAUUGACCUUAAAUCGAACGGAAGCGCACGACGUAGGAGUCAGGAUGUUACAGAGGAAACUAUGACUCCGACAAAUACCCUCAAACUCCCUUAUGUUAAUACGGACAUGUCAAAAUACAAUCGGGGUCGACGUCGCAUCAGAAGAGAACCAAUCAUUUCGUAUAUCAAUAAAGUCAUGGAGGAUGUCGAAUUCGCCUACGUAGAAGGAAAAUAUUCCGAAUGCGCCAGGAAAGCCGAAUCUUGUUUGAACACCAUGAACAGCUACAAUAUGGAGGAAAUUCCGAACGUAAUGUCUCUCACUGCCAAGCUUUACUCCUACAUAGGAAACGCCGCCAUCGAAAUGAGGGAUUACGUCACUGGUCUCGAAUACCACAAGCGAGAUCUCGACAUCGGCGAACGGAUUAACGAUUCUGAGGCCAUAUCACGUGCUCUAGGAAAUCUCGGGAGAAUUUACGUGUUCCAAAGCAAGCACCAGAAGGCUCUAGAUGUAUUUUCCAGGAAGAUACAGCUUUGCACAACCCGUGUUGAGUCCGCAUGGUUGUACCACGAGAUCGGGAACUGUUUCCUGGUACUUGGCCAGUACGAGUACGCCCGAGAGGCGGCGCGUCGUUCCGUUGAGGCGGCUGAAGAGGCACUCGACUGGAACUACCAGCUUCAGAGUUCAGUUCUCCUAGGGGUCGCUGAAGUUAAGCUGCGUCAGUACCAUGCGGCCUUCAACACUUUCGAAAGAGCGAUGGAUCAGGCUAGAAUGCAAGGAGACAACAAAGCGGAAACUGCUAUCCGAGACGCUUUGAAUGACGUAAAUGACAAAAUCGUCGAGGAACUCAAAACGAGGUCUAGGUCACAGGCCGACUUAACAAGGUCAAGAGCGGAGUAUGCUAAAUCUCGCGCGGAGUGGUCUGACUAUUCUAGUAUCUAUAUUCCAGAAGACGACGGUGACGUGUCAUUGACCGAAACCGGAUAUGACACUGAAAACUUACAACUUGAACUCGAUCGUCUUAGAAGUGACCUUGACACCGCCAUGUUUGGCUCAUUUGCACAAUUACAAGAAAAUGGCAGAAAAUCUGGAGGUCAUGUGUCCUCGGAACUCAAAAAAUCCUUGCAAAAUGUUCAGAUGUCUGGGCGUAACUCUGUCACAAACUCUGUCAUAAGGUGUAGCACAGCCAUGGGAUAAGUGUACAUUACGUCAUCAAAUAAGUGAAGCGUUAUUAUUCGAAGGGAGAUAUUCAUUUUUGAUUUUCCAUUUUUAAGUUUUUGAAAGUUUUGAAGAAAGAAACGCUGCAUUCCAAUAAGAGGUUUAUAACGACAAACAUUUCUUAGAAAUGUGAAAAGACAACGAAAUGGCAGUGAUUGAUAUUACAUUAUAUAUGUAUAAAGAUAUUGAACAUAUUUCUCAUCGGGGAAAGGUGUUGAUGGUCGAUCAGUAAAAAAAUAGUUUACUAUUUAGCUGAUGACUUUUUGUGUAAGAGUGACCUCUAGAGACUUGAUGACGAGGUCAUCAACACCUAUCAAAAUACACGGGUCUGAUUGACAAUGUACAUGUACAAACGAUUUAUUGCAAUUAUUAAUGUGCCAGUGUUUUAGUACUUACAGAAAAAUAAGCGCUGUUUUACUUACAUAUCUGACACAAUUUUGACAUGUGAACGCAUUUUUGGUUAUAAAAUCUUCAAUUUUCGUUUCGCAGUUAAGAUUUCCAAAAUAUGGCGUUUAAAAUGUAGAUUUUAUAUGUAAAAGUACCGGAAUUUAGUGUCAACAAAUGUGAGCUGGUGAUGAGAUGACUACUUUGUUUUCGUAUGCAUGGGGAAACUACCAUGUUUAUAAAGUAGUAUCAAAUCACCUGACUAGGCAAACAUCUCUUUGUGUGAUUUAAUGGUUUUCGUUACAAUCAUUUCGAGUUAUUUUCGACUUACUGGUACAAUUUUAUCAUUAACGUUGUCCAGUGAUGCGUGCACUAUUGUGAACAAUUGUGUCCGGACCCUGACCUUGUAUCUGUCCGGUCAGUCCAAUUAUAAAACAAGUCGAUCGUUUGCUGCAUGUUUUGGCAUUGUCUGUAAUAUGCGGGUAAGCCUGUCUAAGCCGAAGACUUCAUGAUCAAAUCUCAUUCUUCAGAUCAUGCUGAAGUUUACACAUCUUCACAAGUUUACGUAGGGCUGUAGAUUGUGACUGUCUGGUUGCGCAAUUUUCCGGAUUUUGCAACGUUCGGAUUACACAGGCUACCUUGAACGAGACGCUGACUUAUAACAUGAAAAAGAUUAAGCAACGGUAAUGUUAAAAAAUUGUUCCAAACACGUGCACUUUUUCGCAACGAAAAUUCUUAUAAGGCAAAUAGUAUCACACUCGUGAACAGUAUAAUAUGACCCUCACUGAAUGAGUUCAUGCGCACUCAGUAAUUAUUUUCUCGUGGCGAUGUUGAUAACCUCCUCUUUUCUACAAAGGAAAAGAGGAGUGGUUUGGCAUGACGUCAUUACUAUCUACGCACGUGAACCGCCUCGAACACUGUCGGUUCCCAGAUUCACAGUAGCCAUAUCAAAAUUACGUCACUUUAAUGUGCAUGUUGGCAAAUUCAAGGUUAUGUUAAAUUCUCUUUCGCUUUUAUUUCGUUUCGUAAUGAUAUACGUCGUCGAGUUGUGUAAUAAUACAUAACCUUGGAUUGCCGAUUUCAUUUCAUAAUUUACUUGUUGUUCUGUUGUUUGACUUUGCUAGCAUCAUUCAGUAGUUUCCGUUGUUUGCCACUGUUUAUAAGACCCUGUACAAUAAAUCUGUUGUUUUCAUAUAAAC